AUGGCCAAAAAGCUGCCCCUUUUGUACAUUUGUUCAGCGGCCUUGGUGAUGGAAGCAGUGCUGGUUAGUGUUGUGGCUGAACCAGUGGAAGAUAAGCAAGCUCUGCUUGAUUUCUUUUACAACAUGAAUCACUCUCCUCAUGUCAAUUGGGAUAAGAACACUUCUGUUUGCCAAAGCUGGAGAGGAGUGACUUGCAACUCUGACAGGUCUCGAGUCAUAGCCCUUAGAUUACCAGGAGCUGGUUUGAGUGGUCCAAUCCCACCCAACACUCUCAGUCGCCUCUCAGCACUUGAGAUUGUUAGUCUUAGAUCAAAUGGUAUAUCAGGCCCUUUCCCUGAUGGUUUCUCUGAGCUGAAAAACUUGACCAGCCUCUAUCUACAAUCUAACGAGUUUUCUGGGCCACUGCCAUUGGAUUUUUCAGUUUGGAAUAAUCUUAGUGUUGUCAAUUUAUCCAACAAUUAUUUUAAUGGGAGCAUUCCCUUUUCAAUUUCCAAUCUGACUUAUCUCGCUUCAUUAGUCCUUGCCAACAACUCCUUUACGGGUGAGAUUCCUGAUCUCAAUAAUCCUAGCCUGCAGGAGCUGGAUUUAGCCAACAAUAACCUUACUGGGGUUGUGCCUAAAUCUCUUCUUAGAUUUCCUAGUUCAGCCUUUGCUGGUAACAAUCUUACAUCAGCAGCAGCACUUCCUCCAGCCUUUCCUGUGCAACCACCGGCUGCUCAUCCAGCAGAAAAAUCCAAAGGACUCAGUGAACCUGCAUUGUUGGGUAUCAUCAUCGGUGCUUCGGUGCUGGGGUUUGUGGUGAUUGCAGGUUUCAUGAUUGUGUGCUGCUAUCAGAAUGCAGAUGUGGAUGUGCAACCAAUGAAAUCCCAGAAAAAACAAGCCUCUCUGAAAACAGAAUCUUCUGGAAGUCAAGACAAAAACAACAAAAUUGUCUUCUUUGAGGGUUGCAAUCUUGCAUUUGAUCUAGAGGACCUGUUGAGAGCGUCUGCUGAGAUUCUCGGAAAGGGUACCUUUGGCAUGACAUAUAAGGCUGCUCUAGAGGAUGCAACCACUGUGGUGGUCAAGAGGUUGAAGGAGGUCACUGCUGGAAAACGAGAUUUUGAACAGCAGAUGGAGGUGGUGGGGAGAGUUAAGCACGACAAUGUAGAUACAGUGAAGGCAUACUACUACUCAAAGGAGGAGAAACUCAUAGUAUAUGAUUACUAUCAACGAGGCAGCGUUUCUGCAAUGUUACAUGGCAAAGGAGGGGAAGGUAGAAGUCCUUUAGACUGGGAUAGCCGUUUGAGAAUUGCAAUUGGUGCAGCAAGAGGCAUUGCUCACAUCCACGCAUACCAUGGAGGGAAACUCGUUCACGGAAACAUAAAAGCCUCAAACAUCUUCCUCAACUCACAAGGAUACGGAUGCAUAUCUGAUAUUGGCUUAGCAACACUGAUGAGUCCAAUACCCGUCCCAGCAAUGAGAGCAACAGGAUACCGUGCACCGGAAGUAACAGACACACGCAAAGCAACGCAUGCAUCUGAUGUCUACAGUUUUGGGGUGCUACUACUUGAGCUUCUGACUGGGAAAUCGCCCAUAAACAGUACAGAAGGUGAGCAGGUUGUCCACUUGGUUAGAUGGGUGAAUUCUGUUGUAAGAGAGGAGUGGACCGCAGAAGUGUUUGAUGUAGAGCUGUUGAGGUACCCCAACAUAGAGGAAGAAAUGGUGGCGAUGCUACAAAUAGGGAUGACUUGUGCUGAAAGAAUACCGGAUCAGAGACCAAAGAUGCCUGAUGUGGUGCGCAUGAUGGAGGAGAUUCGUCGUGUAAAUACGCCAAAUCAACCAUCCACCGAGUCUAGAUCAGAAGUUUCUACACCCACACCUCGUGCAGUAGACAUUCCUUCUACCUCUGUUCUACAGUGA